AUGACCACUGUCCCAUCUGCAAGUCAGUGGGGAUCCCCUACUGCAAGCAGGAGAGCACUCCUUAUACAUGGUUUAAAUUCGUCUUCGCACACGUUCCACCGAUAUUUAGUCGUUGCUCCAAACCUUCUUGGACAUGCUCUCAGGAAGCCUGGAAUUGACUUUCAAGUCCAAACAUUGGCAGAUGACCUCUUGCCAUACCUUCAAGCUGCCGAGUAUGAUAUUAUCAUCGGCCACUCAUUAGGCGCGCUCGUGGUAUUAUCGCUUCUCAAGUACCUGCCAGAAUCCAAACCUACUUCAGUGGUUCUUAUCGACCCAUCUCUGGAAAUAACUGCAGAGCAGAUGGUGGAUUGCAGAGCCAGACUUUCCAAUGAUACCAGAACUAACCGCGCCGCUGAAGAUUAUAUGACAUUGAAUCCCCUAUGGACGAGAGAAGAUGCCAUCUGGAGGGUAUUAGGGAUCCAGAUUGGAAGAUCAACCAACUCCGAUGACCACAUCGAUGGUAAUGUACCAUGGACAUUCUCGCAUUUGUUCGCCAACAAGCCUAGUGCCGCCGUGUUGACGGUUUUAAUUGAAGAUACGCGGUUUAAUGGCGCUUUGAAGCUGCAAACUGUCGCAAAAAUUAAAGACAUUAGAGCAGUGAUUGUUCCGAAUGCCUCGCACUGGAUACAGUAUGAAUUUCCGGAAGUAAUUGUUGAAGAGGCGUUAAGGAAUAUCGAAGAAUAA